AUGACUAAAUCAUUUGAGAUUGUGUUUGCUGUUCCAAUGGAAUGUGAAGCUUGUGUGGAAUCUGUUGGUAAAGCUUUAACCAAUUUAUCAGGGAUUAAUAAAUAUGAUAUUUCUCUUAAAGAUAAUACUGUUAUAACUGAUGGGAUAAUACCACCUAGUGAAAUUGUUAGAGCCAUUCAAGCUACUGGUAGAGAUGCUAUUAUAAGAGGUACCGGUAGUGCCAAUUCUGCUGCUGUUUGUAUUUUAGAAUCAUUUGAUGCUAAAGAUAUUAAACAACCAGUUAAAGGGUUAGCUCGUAUAGUUAGUGUAUCACCUCAAGAUUUAUUUAUUGAUUUGACUGUCAAUGGCUUACCCAAAGGUGAAUAUUAUCCUUCGAUUCGUAGUUCAGGUAAUUUAUCAGAGGGAGCUUUAUCAACUGGAUCAUUAUAUUAUCAAUUACAACCAGUUGAAAUUGAUCAACCAUCAAAUAUUUAUACUACCAUCAAUGCAAUUGGCGCAUCUAUCACUAUUGAUGAAGAGAAGGAAUCUAAAUUAUUUUCAGGUCAAUCAUUCCUUCAUGCUAAUUUAAGUAUUGAUGAUUUAAUUGGUAGAUCCAUUAUUUUAUCAAGAUUAAAGGAUAAAGUUACGUCUGAUUCUUUAUGUGGAGUUAUUGCUAGAUCAGCUGGUAUUUGGGAAAAUGAUAAACAAGUAUGUAGUUGUAGUGGUAAGACAGUUUGGCAAGAAAGAUCUGAUGCUCUUGCCAAGGGUAUUUCUGUUUAA